GUCACACCCUCCAUUGUACAACAAGUAAACCACACAAACUUAAUACACACACUACGAGUUGUUCUCAUCCUUGGAGUUUUUCUACCAUAGUAAGGACGUCCCAGGCGUUGGAACAAUCGUGAAAAAUGAUCCGAUAGCGUGUAUUCAUUUUCCUGGUGUGUUAAAUCUCAAUGUUCGAACAUCACCACCAAGCCUAUAUGUAGUAAGGAAGCAGCCACUCUUUCUCGAGUAGUUCUCAAGUACCGUGUCAGGGGAUGCAUGAAUCGGCCUUUCCAUACGAGAACUCCGGUGCAUCUAUUUACGAGAGAUAAAAAGAUAGAAUGCACAACAAUGUGGCGGACAUUUUCUAUUGUGUGUGUUUGUUACCUUGUUCGAGUCAGCCUGAACCAAACGACGACGAAGAGUCAAGAUGAGAGUGGACAAGACAUUUGUGGUGGGACAAGCCAGGCCAGAACAGUGGGCCUAAAGAAAGGAGAAACUGAAAGUCUACAGUGCAAUCUAACCAGGACAGCGGGGCAAAACACCACCAUCAAGUGGUUUGCCGAAAACCAAGACCAGGCUAACAUAGACCUACACGUGAGCGGGGACACCCUCACCAUAAGGAACGUAUCAAAGACGUGUGUGGCUGCACUCUACCGCUGCGAGGUGUUCGUGUCCGGGAGCUCGGUGUGCAACCAGACAUUCAACACAACCGUCCUAAGCCCACCUGCUGUUUACAUUUAUCCUGAAGAGGAAAAUAUUAAAACUGAGCUCCACGAUGAUCUUCUGGAAAUUUUCCUGAAAAGGCGCGGUAAAAAAUGGGAGAUUGUGUGUUCAGUCGAUGCUGACUCGCCGUCGAAUAUCACGUGGUAUGAACCAUUACGUCACGGAGUGGAGGAUAUGGUGAUUGGCUAUUUAGAGGAAAAUAAGACUAAAGCUGAAAUGACAAAGGAGUUCUUAAUGUCAGGAGACAGCUAUCGAACUGAACUUCAUGGCAGUACUGUAGGUAAUAUUCUGUCGACCCGUGAGUUAGUGAUGGGGAUACAGGUCGGGGAUGACAAAACCUACAAUAGGACCUAUACGUGUAGUGCUACCAAUAAAUAUGGCACCGAUUCCUGGAGUGUAAAAAUUAUGCGGGACUAUUCCUAGUCCGCUUGGUUUAUGUCUUCAAGCCAGAAAAAAUAUCAGAAUUUUGACUUGAUGGGCACAAAAGACAAGCAUAUAGACACACGAGUCCUGACGCAAGUAAAGUGAUGUACAUGUGCAGUUAGAUAUGGAAGAUGAAAAGAACUUUGUUUGUCUUUGUUUGAAAGGUGAUGAUCUGUAAACUUCUCAUACAGAAUAACAAUUCAAAGAAUCAUAUAAUAAAGGUUUAUUUGAUUAUAUCAAUAAAUUAUAUAAAAAUUGAGUAGA